AUGGACGCAGAGAUGGCUUCCUGGAAGUCCACAGGCACCUACGUUGACGAGGUUCCUCCACCUGGGGCGAACAUCGUCAGUGGCAUGUGGAUUUUCAGGGUGAAGCGGCCGCCGGGUUCUCCGCCUGUCUUCAAGGCGCACUACGUGGCUCGAGGCUUCAGUCAGCGGCAGGGAGUUGACUACUUUCAGACCUUCUCUCCCACCCCGAAGAUGACCACUCUUCGGGUACUACUACACAUAGCCACUCACCGUGACUACGAGCUUCACUCUCUGGACUUCAGCACAGCUUUCCUACAGGGCAGCCUGCACGAGGAGAUCUGGCUGCGCCGCCCACCUGGCUUCACUGGGUCGUUUCCUCCUGGUACCCAGUGGAGCCUCCGGCGGCCAGUCUACGGUCUCCGCCAGGCGCCGCGUGAGUGGCACGACACACUGAGGACUACGCUUGCGGCUCUUGGGUUUGCUCCUUCUACUGCAGACCCGUCGCUGUUUCUACGCACCGACACCUCUUUGCCGCCGUUCUACAUCCUCGUGUACAUCGACGACUUGAUCACUCGGGACAGAGCACGGCGCACCAUUACCCUGACUCAGUCACACAUGGUGCAGCAGGUCCUUCAGCGCUUCGACUUCACGUACUCCUCGCCUCAGUCCACUCCUCUGUCUACUCGCCACUCGCUCUCAGCUCUGCCUUCGGAUGAGUGCGUAGAGCCGAGUGGCCUGUACCCAGAGCUUGUUGGCUGUCUCAUGUACCUGAUGACCUGCACACGACCUGACCUGGCCUACCCAUUUAGCAUACUGGCACGCUAUGUUGCUCCUGGGAGACACCGACCAGAGCACAUGGCUGCAGCGAAGAGGGUGUUGUGCUACUUGUGCAGUACGUCGGGCAUGGGGCUCGUGCUUGGAGGGCGGAGUCGAGUGGUCCUCACUGGUCACGCAGACGCGUCUUGGGUUGACGACCUGGCUACUCAGCGGUCGUCACAGGGUUACACCUUCAGCCUUGGAGCCAUGGCUGCACAGGAGUUACGCUGGCUGACCUACCUGCUGACUGACCUUGGAGAGCCGCCUCGUUCUCCUCCAGUUCUGUACGUAGACAACAAGGCCAUGCUGGCCUUGUGUCGGGAGCACAGACUGGAGCACAGAACGAAGCACAUUGCUCUUCGCUACUUCCUUGCUCGUGAGCUGCAGCAGCGUGGUCAGCUGCGCCUUGCUUACGUGGCCUCUCAGGCCAACACUGCUGAUAUCUUCACCAAGGCUCUUCAGCCUUGUGAUCAUCAGCGCUUUUGUACGAUGCUAGGUCUUGUGCCUACCCAGCCUCACUUGCUUACCUCUUGA